AUGAAAAGGAAGGAUAAAAAAAGCAGAACAGAUCGAUCAUUAACUCCUGCGAAGGAGAAUAUUGAAGUAGAGAAGUUGGGUCCACCGGAGCUGGAGAUAGUAUUGGAAGCUGAAGUAGGUAAAGAGAGAAGCAUUCAGGAGAGGAGGAGUGCUAUCUAUAAAUCAGGUGGUCGCAGUAAUGAAGAGAAAUCUAAUACGAAACCAGAGGAAGAUUCCAAGACUGAUAAAAGUGAUAAAGAAGUGUGGAACACGGUCUCGCCAGCUAAAAUGGGGAGAUCUUUAUUCAAUAAGUUGAAGGAAGUUGAUGUGGAGGUAUCUGUAUCUAAAUUCUCUGUUUUAAGUAUUGUUGAAAUGGAGGAAGGUGAAGUGCUAUUGGAGGAAAAUUUUGAUCCGGAGAUAGAAACUGAGAUAAUGGAGAUUCAAGAUGAUCAAGAAGAUAGUAUGAUUGAGCAGCAGGUUCAGGAGGAAACUAAAGUGGGGAAAAGAAGGGGUCGAAAGCCUAAAACUCAGGAUGAAAAUCCAGGUAGGAAGCUACUGUGGGAAGAUGUUUGUAAUCAUCAGGAUUCUGCUUUGUUUAGAAGUAAGGCUUGGAUAAUUGUUGGAGAUUUUAAUGAGAUCCUGGAGGGUGAUGAUAGUUCAGUGUUUGCAGAGUAUGGAAGAGUUCCAGGUGGGAUGAGGGACUUUCAAGAAAUGGCUCAACACUGUAGUUUAGUGGACAUGGGUUGGCAAGGGCCUAGGUUCACUUGGUGUAACAAGAGAGAGGAUGGUGUCAUAUGCAAGAAGCUGGAUCGAGUUCUUGUAAAUGAUAGAGCCUUGCAACAGUGUAAGAUUCAGCUUGUUGCUCCAACAGAGGCGAUUCGAAGGCCGUUCAAAUACGUCAAUGCGAUUGGGAAAAUUGAAUCUUUUCUUCCGACUGUCAAGGAGUACUGGGAUUCUACUCCAAGAUUGUUUCACUCAACAGCAGCUAUGUUUCUUUUCUCUGAGAAACUAAAGUUUCUGAAACCUAUAAUUCGGAUGCUUGGUCGUGAAAAGCUGGGAAAUCUAACAAAGAAAGCUAAGGAGGCUCAUGAUAAUCUUUGUGAGAAGCAAAAGAUGACUCUGUCUAUCCCGACUACUCAAUCUAUUCAAGAAGAGGCAGUAGCUUAUGAGAGAUGGCUUCAUGUAGCCAGUCUAGAGGAAGACUUUCUUAAGCAAAAGGCUAAGCUACACUGGCUUGAGGUGGGAUAUCAAAACAACAAGACGUUUCACAAUGCUAUAAAAACACGCCAUGCCCAAAACACUAUCAGAGAGAUAAGAUGCUCAAAUGGUACUAUUGUUACAAAGCAAGAGGAUAUAAAAGAGGAAGCUGUUAGAUUUUUUUCGGAUUUUCUAAAUCAGAUUCCUGAGGAUUACUGUGGUGCUUCGGUGGAGGAACUAGAGGAUCUUCUUGAGUUUCGCUGUACUGAGGAGGAUUGUAGGAGUUUGGAUUCUGAGGUUUCUGAAGAGGAGAUUAGAAGAGUUUUAUUUGCUAUGCCGGCUAAUAAGUCACCAGGUCCAUAUGGGUUUCCUUGUGAAUUCUUCAAGACUACUUGGUCAAUCAUUGCUCAAGAUUUUGUUAUUGCGGUGCAAUCAGUUUUCAGGUAUGGCUUCCUCCCCAAAGGUGUAAACUCUACCAUAUUAGCUCUAGUUCCUAAGAAGACUGAUUCUUUGGUGAUGAGAGACUUUAGGCCUAUAGCGUGUUGUAACGUGCUGUAUAAGGUGGUGUCGAAGGUGAUUGCAAAUAGGCUUAAAGUUAUUCUGCCAAGGUUAGUUCUUGAAAAUCAAUCUGCGUUUAUUAAGGGCAUACUCUUGAUGGAAAACGUGUUGUUAGCUUCAGAAUUGGUGAAAGAUUAUCACAAGGAAGCAGUCUCGCCUAGAUGUGUGAUGAAAAUAGAUAUAUCAAAAGCAUUCGACUCUGUCCAGUGGGACUUUGUUCUUCGUAGUCUUGAAGCUAUUGGAGUGCCUCUCAGGAUUAAUAAAGCUGCGAAAGAUAGGUUAUUCAAGCUGCAUCCGCGUUGUAAAGAUCUCUCCAUUACUCAUCUUUGCUUUGCAGAUGAUCUAAUGGUUUUUGUUGAAGGAACAAAGGCAUCUAUUGAAGGUGUUUUAUCAGUGUUUGAAGGCUUUGCAAAGUGGUCAGGUCUUAAUAUAAGCAUUGAGAAGUCGACAGUCUACAUGGCAGGAGUUGAAGCUGAGGAGAAGAGUAGAAUCUUGGAGAACUUUCCUUUUGCUGAGGGGCUUCCAAGUAAAUGUAUCAAGGAGAUUGAGCAGCUAUGUGCUUCUUUUCUUUGGACAGGUCCAGAACUUAAAUCGUCGGGAGCUAAGGUAUCCUGGGAAGUAAUCUGUAGUCUUAAAGAUGAAGGCGGGUUGGGUAUUAGAGCGUUAGAGGAGGUGAAUCUUGUUUAUGGUCUUAAGCUAGUGUGGAGAAUGCUUACUGGGGAGUCUCUGUGGGGUAAAUGGGUUACUGGUACUCUUUUGAAGCAUAGAAGCUUCUGGGAAAUUAAAAGUAGUACUCAUAUGGGUUCUUGGAUGUGGAAGAAGAUGCUUAAGUUGAGAGAUAUUGCGAAGAAGUUCUAUAAGAUGGAGGUGGGCAAUGGAAGGCAUAUAUCGUUUUGGUUCGAUAACUGGUCAGCUAGAGGUGAGAUCUUUGAGAUUCUGGGUGACAGAGGAAUAAUAAAAAUGGGUAUUAGACGUGAAGCAACGCUUUAUGAAGCUGCUUUAAGUCGUAGAAGAAGAAGGAAACAUCGUAUUGAGAUCUUAAAAGAGUUAGAGACUAAUUUGGACUCUAUUAAAGAAGCGAUCUGUAAUAGAGGCGAAGAUAUCAGCCUUUGGAGAGGGAGAAUGGGCUACAAAGAUAAAUUUUCAACGAGAGAGACUUGGGAAGAAAUAAGGACAGACAGGGUGAAGCAAAGUUGGACUAAGGGGGUUUGA